CUCCACCGCCCACUCCACCGAGCGAGCCAAGCCAGGGAUAACCAACUCGGACGCGCCGGCAGCGCAGCGACCGCACGCCGUCGCCAUGGCCACGGCCGCCUCCGCCUCCCUCUCCGCCGCGUCCUUCCUCUCCCCAGCCCCACCCCGCCCGCAACCCCGCCCCCUCUUCCGCGCCCUCGCGGCCUCGGGCUCGGGCGGCGGCAAGAAGAAGCCCGGCAAGUCCAAGAGCAGCAGCAGCAAGGGCAAGGGCAAGGACAAGGCGCUGGAGCCGCCGCCCGACGUGGCGGUCCGCCGCGCCCCGGCGGGGAGCGCGUCGGUGUUCGAGCAGCAGCGGACGAAGGCCGGGUUCAACCCCGGCGGCCGCGGGAAUCGGUUCACGGAGGACGAGGUCCGGCAGAGGCAGGCCACCGAGAGCGCCUUCCUCUUCGCGUGGCUGGGCCUCGGCGGGAUCAUCCUCUUCCAGGGCCUCGCGCUGGCCGCCUCCGGUUUUCUGCCCACAGAAUGGGACAGUUUUUUAGUUAAGUACCUGUAUCCGUCGUUCACUCCGACAGUACUCUUGUUCCUCGGGGGUACGACUGGAUAUGGCGUUUUCAAGUACUUUGAAGGCGAGAAAAGCAAAGACUAGAUUCAUUUCAAAACAAAGCAUCUCGGAGCAGAGUUUGCUAACUUUGAGAGGUGGAGUUCGUUGUUACUGUGUGGUAAGGGCACAUAAGUGUCUCAGAAUUAGCUUAAGGCAGGAGAUGAGUCCCAGAGACUGAGCUAGGCUGUUGCUGUAAAAGAAUUUCUCCUUUUGUCGCCAAUCCUGAAUUACUGAUGAUCUUCUAUGUAAAGGUAAUAGCCAUUGUAUAUUCAUGUGAACUGAGCUGUAUAUUGGUUCCUACACAUUAGUCACCUGGCUGUCCGUA